AUGCAUCAGAUGAGAGCUGUGAAGGUGAAUCAGAAUUUGACACAGACGGGGAGAGAAUUGAGAGAGACGGAGCACAAGCUCCAAAAGGUGCUAAAAUUUCCCGUUGCCGUACCACAAACAGAAAACCUGGGAGUACAAAUACAUCACCCAGAGUUACUAGACAGAGACAACAGGCUGACACAGGUGCCCAACAUUCAGAAAAUCGCCACAACAUCACCAGCAUGUGCAUCAUUGAUGUCUGCCAUGAGGCCUCUCCUGACGUGUCAUUGCACAGCAGCCUUUAACCCUUUGGAACAGUAUAAGCCACCUCACCCUGCAGAAUAUGGGCCUCCAUCAGAGUUAUCAGAGGUUCCCUCAUAUUUAUGGGCAAAACAUAAAAAUCAUGUAGGUUUUGUGAAUUCGGCUCCACCUCAUAAAGUCACACUCAAACCAAAUGUCACAUUGCCGGCUAUCAGACAGUACAACUUGCCUCAUAGAGCCAUUACUGGAAUUGAAACAGUUAUUCAAUCUCUAUUGGAUCAAAAUGUACUGGUGCAAACUUCCAGUCCAUGCAAUACACCCAUUUUGCCCAUCCCAAAACCAAAUCGUCCAGAUGAAUGGAGAUUUGUGCAAGACUUGCAGGCUAUUAAUAAUAUUGUCGUGCCCACAGCUCCCAUUGUGCCAGACACUAAUUCGAUUUUAGCCUCGUUACCAUCCAAUUCAACACACUACACAGUCAUUGAUCUAUGUUCAGCUUUUUUCUCUAUACCAUUGCAUCCAGAUAGCCAGUAUCUGUUUACAUUCACGUUCAAAGGCAAACAGUAUACAUGGCGGCGUUUGCCACAGGGUUAUGUUGAGAGUCCAACAGUGUACGCAGCAGCGGUAAAAAGAGACCUUGAUGACCUCCACUUCCCAGGGGGUUCAACACUUCUGCAGUACGCAGAUGAUCUUUUGAUAGCCUCUCCAUCCGAGGAAGCUUGUCGAACUGAUUCAAUCUUGCUCCUGCAGAGGUUAGCUGAGUGUGGACAUAGAGCAUCACUGCCCAAACUGCAAUUUUGCCGAUCUGAGGUCACAUAUUUUGGUCACCUCCUGAAGGAUGGACAGCGCCUCCUAUCACCAGAAAGGGUGAAACUGCUGGUCAACAUGCCUCCCCCCAGAACUAAGAAGGGCAUGCUUUCAUUCUUAGGGAUGGCGAACUAUUGCAGACACUGGAUUUAUGAGUAUGCGGCUAUGGACUCUGUAUUGCGAGCAGCCACACUGCAGUCAGCUCCCACUGCAGUUCAAUGGACUGAUGACAUGCAAAAAGCUUUUCAGAACUUAAAGCAUGCUCUCACCAUGGCUCCAGCAUUAGGAUUGCCGGACUAUCAUCAGCCGUUCCAUCUACACGUACAUGAGAGAGAAGGCUUUGCUACAGGCAUUCUAGUACAAAAACAUGGGUCUCACUACCGCCCUGUUGCAUACUAUUCGUCUCGACUGACCCCUGUAGUCCUUGGUAUGCCGGGUUGCCUGAGAGCGGUGGCUGCAGUUGCUAUUCUGCUUGAUAAAUCCGCUCCCAUUGUACUGGCUCAUGACUGUGUCGUGCACGUUCCGCAUGCAGUAUUACACAUUUUAAACACAUCAGCUACUCAACACAUGACAGCAGCUAGACGUUCAGGUUAUGAGGCAACUAUCCUUUCCAGCCCACACAUAACUUUAAAACGCUCACCCCCCCUAAAUCCAGCCACUCUCCUUCCACUGAUUGACACAACUGAAAUUGAGCAUGAUUGCAUUGCUACUAUUGAUAUGUGUACAUCACCAAGGCCAGACCUAUUGCAGACACCAAUACCUAACUCUGAGAUGAUUCUUUACACUGAUGGGUCAGCUAGCAGACCAUCUGACAAUGUUCACCUAGCGGGCUAUGCAGUAGUAAAUGAUUGGGAGGUUUUAGAAGCACGAGCUCUGCCUCCUGGCACUUCAGCGCAGGCAGCAGAACUAUAUGCUCUCACUAGGGCCUGUAUUAUCGCUUCUGGUAAAACUGCCACCAUCUACACAGAUUCACGAUAUGCUUUUGGUGUAGCUCAUGAUUUCGGUCAAUUAUGGAAAAUGAGAGGGUUUGUGUCAUCGUCUGGCAGGCCAUUACAACAUCAUGCGUUGGUAAAUGACCUGCUAGACGCCAUUAUGCGCCCGUUCCAGCUUGCAAUUGUGAAAUGUGCUGCUCACAGUCAGGAAAAUGAUCCUGUUUCACGAGGAAAUGCAAUGGCUGAUUUCGCAGCCAAACAAGCAGCAACUUCCUCUUCCUCCAUGGUGGAAAGGACCGUACCAGGUGCUGCUGACAACCAGGACAGCAUUAAAGGUGGACUGGGCCAAGUUACAGGUCUGAAAGUUUCAGGAGAUGGAGAGCAGGGAGGCUUCUCUGCUCAUGAUACAGUCGUAGUUACAGAGUCCUCAAAGAGGGGGUGUCCUCUGCGGGAGAGCCCUGGAGAAACAAACCAGGAACUUGCAUCUUUAUCUAAAGUCUUAGAAAGUCACCUGAAUGCCUCCAGUAGAGCUAUGUUGGCUGAACAUAAGGAGUUACAGGAAGUCAAAACAGUAGUUCUGCAGAACAGAAUGGCUCUUGACCUCCUGCUUGCAUCACAAGGUGGCACCUGUAUCUUCGGGCCAUGGGGGUCCAACCUGAUCAAGCUUUUGACUACACUGCUGGUCAUCAUUCUCCUCCUCAUCCUCCUCUGUGCCUUGGUAGAAGUUCCUCAGAAAAGGUGGAGGGAGUUCGCUCCUCCUCAGCGUUCUCAGGAAGAAGAGACGCUGCUGGGCUUUUUUGAUGAUGUGGGUGGUGUUCACAGUCCAGCCCAGGUCCUCUAG